AUGUCUUACAUCACGAAUCGUAUAUUAGCAACGUUGUUUCCUCUAGAGCUAACUAGAGCCAUGUAUCAAAAUGCCUUGAUACAAGUCAAGGCCGUUUUGGAAAAAAGACAUCCUCGACACUACAAGGUCUAUAACUUAUGCACAGAGCAAACUUAUGAUCCAUCUCAUUUUAACAAUCUUGUCGAAAGAUUUCCAUUUGAUGAUAAUCAUGCCCCAUCCCUCCAAAUGGUCAAGGAAUUCUGUGAAAGUGUCCAUACAUGGCUUUCAAACGACCCAAAGAAUAUUGUCUUCAUUCACUGCAUGGCGGGUAAAGGUCGGAUUGGGUUGAUGGUAUCUUCUUACUUGGUUUACACCGGCAUGUUAGCAAAAGAGGCUCUUUGUGAUUAUCCAGAUAGAGGGUCCACAAAUUAUCUUACAGUGAUGCUGCCAAGCCAACGACGUUACGUUAACUAUUGGCAGAAAUCUGUUACUUUUACUAAGGGUUGCUCACCUCAGGUCAACCUUCCAAAACCAUGUAGCAAAGAGCUUCAACGGAUUCGGCUUUACGACGCUAAAACCAUAGAAUCGGUCUUCUUUAUUGUUUCACAAAUGCAAGAAGUUACUGAGAUCGAGGAAGAAGAGGCGCAAAACUGCCUUGACCACUACUUUGGUGGAAAUACAGUAAAGGUUACCGGAGAUGUGUGUGUGACGUUCUAUGAGAAGAACAUUGGGGGUCGUCUCUUCUAUGCUUGCUUCAACACUGCGUUUAUCGAAAAUGACUCGAUACAGUUUCCGAUAAGGGAAUUAGAUAAAGUUGGAAACAAGGGCAAAUCAAUAGCUGGUUCGAAGUUCCGUUUGGAGUUGCAUUUUGGUCCUGCAAACGCUAACCCUAAUAACUCGUAG